AGAAGGAGGUUCCCCCCAACAUGGCGGCGCGCAGAGCGGGUGGCGGCAACGGUAACACGACCGGGAGUAGCGCUUGAACCCGAGCUGAAAGAGACGCCAUGGAAAGCGAGGAAGAACAGCACAUGACCACGCUGCUUUGCAUGGGGUUCUCGGAUGCAGCCGCCAUCCGAAGGGCCCUCCGCUUGGCCAAGAACGACAUCAACGAGGCCGUGGCGCUGCUCACCAACGAGCGGCCCGGUCUGCACUAUGAGCCCAUGGACAGCGGCGGCGGAGGCGGCGAGAACAGCGGACCGGGAGGCCCUCAGCAAAGCGGCGGCUCGCGCGGCGGAGGGGACGGCGACAGCAGCGGGGGCAGCGGCGGUGGUGGUGGUGGGAACGGCGGGGGCGGCACCACCGGCUUCGACCCACCCCCUGCCUACCAUGAGGUGGUGGAAAACGAGAAGAAUGAUGAAAAUGGGAACUGCUCUGGAGAAGGUAUAGAGUUUCCUACAACAAAUCUUUAUGAAUUGGAGAGCAGAGUAUUAACAGAUCACUGGUCCAUACCAUAUAAGCGGGAAGAGUCUCUUGGCAAAUGUUUAAUUACAUCAACGUAUCUUGUAAGGCUAGGACUUUCUGAUUCUGAUGAAAAUUGCAGGAGAUUUAUGGAGAGAUGUAUGCCUGAAGCUUUUAAAAAGCUGCUGACAUCAAGUGCAGUUCAUAAAUGGGGUACCGAAAUCCAUGAGGGAAUCUACAAUAUGUUGAUGUUAUUAGUAGAUCUGGCUGCAGAGAGAGUGAAACAAGAUCCUAUUCCUGUUGGACUUCUAUCUGUACUUACAAUGGCUUUUAAUCCUGACAAUGAGUAUCAUUUCAAAAACCGAAUGAAAAUGUGCCAAAGGAACUGGACAGAGAUAUUUGGGGAAGGGAAUCUAUAUGCUGUUUCUCCUAUUACUGCUUUCCAAAAGGAACCACACGGAUGGCUGGUAGACUUAGUGAAUAGGUUUGCAGAAUUAGGAGGAUUUUCUGCAAUUCAGUCUAAACUUCAUUCAGAAGACAUUGAACUUGGGGCAGUCUCUUCAUUGGUUCAGCCUUUGGGAGUUUGUGCCGAGUAUCUAAAUUCUUCAGUGGUACAGCCCAUGUUGGAUCCAGUCAUUCAUAAUAUGAUUAAAUACGUUCAAAACAUUGAAGAGAAAGACCUGAAAGACAAGAAGCUAGUCAGUAUUCCUGAACUCUUGUCUGCCAUCAAGCUCCUCUGUAUGCGAUUUCAGCCUGAUUUAGUAACAGUAGUAGAUGAUCUGCGGCUAGAUAUCCUAUUGCGUAUGUUAAAAUCACCUCAUUUCAGUGCAAAAAUGAACUCUCUAAAAGAAGUAACAAAACUUAUUGAAGAUAGCACUUUAUCCAAAUCGGUAAAAAAUGCAAUAGAUACAGAUCGUUUACUAAACUGGCUGGUAGAAAAUUCUGUCCUGUCCAUUGCAUUAGAAGGUAACAUAGAUCAAGCACAAUAUUGUGAUCGUAUCAAGGGAAUUAUUGAGCUAUUGGGCAGCAAGCUGUCUCUAGAUGAAUUGACCAAAAUUUGGCGAAUACAGUCAGGACAACCAUCAACUGUGAUAGAGAACAUCCACACUAUUAUUGCAGCAGCUGCUGUGAAGUUCAGCUCAGAUCAGCUAAGUCAUCUUUUUAUCCUUAUUCAAAAGAGUUGGGAGUGUGAGAGUGAUAGAGUACGACAGAAACUCUUAAGCUUGAUAGGACGUAUUGGACGGGAAGCACGUGUAGAGGCAACCACUGGAAAGGUUCUUGAAGUUCUCUGGGAUUUGGCUCAUCUUCCAACACUACCUAGCAGCUUGAUUCAGCAGGCUUUGGAGGAGCAUUUGACAAUCCUUAGUGAUGCAUAUGCAGUAAAGGAGGCAAUCAAAAGAAGCUAUAUCAUCAAAUGUAUAGAAGAUAUUAAGAAGUCAUCCCAGCACAAUAAUCCACAGUUUGUGUGGGUGGUACCAGCUUUACGCCAACUCCAUGAGAUCACACGCUCAUUUAUUAAACAAACCUACCAAAAGCAAGAUAAGAGCAUUAUUCAAGACUUGAAGAAAAACUUUGAGAUAGUGAAACUGGUAACAGGAAGCUUAAUAGCUUGCCACAGAUUGGCUGCCUUGGUGGCAGGUGCUGGAGGCCUGUCAGGAGGAACAUUGGUGGAUGGCCGGUACACCUAUCGGGAGUACUUAGAGGCACACCUCAAAUUUCUGGCAUUUUUUCUUCAAGAAGCCACCCUCUACUUAGGAUGGAAUCGUGCUCGGGAAAUCUGGGAAUGCCUUGUAACAGGCCAAGAUGUUUGUGAACUAGAUCGAGAGAUGUGCUUUGAAUGGUUUACAAAAGGACAGCAUGACCUUGAAAGUGACGUGCAGCAGCAGCUUUUUAAAGAAAAAAUUCUUAAAUUGGAAUCCUAUGAAAUCACUAUGAAUGGUUUUGGUUUGUUUAAGACCUUUUUUGAAAAUGUGAAUCUUUGUGAUCAUCGUUUAAAACGACAAGGAACUCAAUUGCAAGUAGAAAAACUGGAAUUAAUAGGAAUGGAUUUUAUUUGGAAAAUUGCAAUGGAGUCACCAGAUGAAGAAAUAGCUAAUGAAGCUAUCCAGUUAAUAAUAAACUAUAGUUACAUUAAUUUAAAUCCACGAUUGAAAAAGGAUUCUGUGUCACUCCAUAAGAAAUUCAUUGCUGAUUGUUAUUCAAGAUUAGAAGCAGCCAGUUCAGCUCUUGGUGGUCCAACGCUGACCCAUGCUGUUACCAGAGCUACCAAAAUGCUGACAGCUACUGCAAUGCCAACUGUGGCAACAUCGGUACAAUCUCCAUACAGGUCAACAAAACUUGUAAUAAUUGAGAGACUGCUACUUCUGGCAGAACGCUAUGUUAUCACAAUAGAGGAUCUUUACUCUGUUCCUCGUACUAUUCUACCUCAUGGUGCCUCCUUUCAUGGACAUCUUUUAACUCUCAAUGUUACAUAUGAGUCUACCAAAGAUACAUUUACAGUAGAGGCUCAUAGCAAUGAAACUAUUGGAAGUGUCAGAUGGAAAAUAGCAAAAUUAUUGAAUGCCCCUGUGGACAAUAUUCAGAUCUUUGCCAACGAUAGUUUGUUAACAGUGAAUAAAGAUCAGAAGCUGCUUCAUCAGCUAGGCUUCUCUGAUGAACAAUCACUUACUGUAAAAACACUGGGAAGUGGAACUCCAUCAGCAAGUUCUGCCGAUUCAUCCAGCAGUGGUAGCAAUGUCUUCAGUUCAUCAUACGCAAUGGAACAGGAAAAAUCCCUUCCUGGUGUAGUAAUGGCCCUUGUAUACAAUGUAUUUGAUAUGCUUUAUCAGCUUGCUAACCUGGAAGAGCCAAGGAUUACUUUGAGAGUUCGGAGGCUUCUUUUAUUGAUUCCUACUGAUCCAGCUAUUCAGGAAGCUCUUGAUCAAUUAGAUUCACUUGGACGAAAGAAAACACUUCUCUCUGAAACAAAUGCUCAGUCUUCAAAAUCUCCUUCUCUGUCUGCAAAACACCAACACCAGCCUAGUGCGGCUUCAAUACUUGAAAGUCUUUUCAGAUCUUUUGCUCCAGGAAUGUCUACCUUUAGAGUGCUCUAUAAUCUUGAGGUAUUGAGUUCCAAGCUAAUGCCUACAGCAGAUGAUGAAAUGGCAAGAAAUUGUGCCAAAUCGUUUUGUGAAAACUUCCUUAGAGCAGGAGGCUUGAGUUUGGUAGUGAAUGUCAUGCAGAGAGAUUCCAUCCCUUCAGAAGUGGACUAUGAAACCAGACAGGGAGUAUAUUCUAUCUGUUUGCAGCUAGCAAGGUUUUUGCUUGUUGGACAAACAAUGCCAACUUUAUUAGAUGAAGAUGUGGCUAAAUAUGGAGUGGAAACACUUUCUUCACGCCCUUUCCGUAAUGUGACUCGGCAAAGUACCAGGCAGAUGUCCAUUUGUGGAACUCCAGAGAAGUCUUCAUAUCGGCAACUAUCUGUUUCAGACAGGUCCUCCAUUAGAGUAGAGGAGAUAAUUCCUGCUGCACGAGUCGCAAUACAAACAAUGGAUGCCAGUGACUUCACAUCUACAGUCGCUUGUUUCAUGCGACUCUCAUGGGCAGCGGCUGCAGGACGCCUUGAUCUGGUGGGAAGCAGCCAGCCAAUAAAAGAAAGCAACACCUUGUUUCCUGUUGGGAUUCGUAAUCGGCUUAGCAGCUCAGGAAGCAAUUGCAGUUCAGGAAGUGAAGGGGAACCAACCACUCUACAUGCUGGAAUCUGUGUAAGGCAGCAUUCAGUAUCCACCAAAGAUGCACUGAUUGCUGGAGAGGCUUUGUCUCUCUUGGUUACAUGUCUACAACUUCGUAGCCAACAACUAGGCUCUUUCUACAAUCUCCCUUGUGUUGCUGAUUUUAUCAUAGACGUACUGCUGGGUUCACCAAGUGCUGAGAUUCGUCGUGUUGCCUGUGAUCAAUUAUAUACCCUUAGUCAGACAGAUACAUUGACUCAUCCUGAGGUUCAGAAACCCAACCAAUUUCUCUUGAGUGUCAUUCUUACAGCACAGCUGCCCCUUUGGUCACCUACCAGCAUUAUGAGAGGAAUCAACCAGAGACACUUGUCCCAAUGUACAGAGUACUUUGAUCUUAGAUGCCAAUUAUUGGACGAUCUUACAUCUUCAGAAAUGGAACAAUUAAAAAUUAGUCCAGCUAUCAUGUUGGAGGAUGAAAUCACUUGGUUGGAUAAUUUUGAACCUACUCGUGCAGCUGAGUGUGAAACUAGUGAAGCUGACAAUGUGUUAUUGGCAGGACAUUUAAGACUUAUUAAGACUCUUCUCUCACUUUGUGGAGCAGAAAAGGAAAUGUUAGGUUCAUCUUUGAUCAAACCAUUAUUAGAUGACUUUCUCUUCCGAGCAUCUAGGAUUAUCCUGAAUAGUCAUUCUUCCGUUGGCAGCAUUGCUGUUUCUCAACAGGAUUUUCACCCAAAAUGCAGUACAGUGAAUAGUCGCUUGGCAGCAUAUGAAGUUCUAGUAAUGUUGGCUGAUAGUUCACCCUCAAAUCUUCAGCUUAUUACAAAAGAAUUGCUUUCUAUGCAUCACCAGCUUGAUCCAGCUCUUUCCAAGGAAUUUGAUUAUCUCCCACCUGUAGAUGGUCGAUCCAUUUCUGGAUUUGUGGGGCUAAAGAAUGGUGGAGCUACCUGUUAUAUGAAUGCAGUUUUCCAACAACUGUAUAUGCAGCCAGGUCUACCUGAGGCAUUGCUUUCAAUUGAUGAUAACAUGGACAAUCCUGAUGACAAUGUAUUCUAUCAAGUUCAAUCCCUCUUUGGUCAUUUAAUGGAAAGCAAGCUGCAAUAUUACAUACCGGAAAACUUCUGGAAGAUCUUUAAGAUGUGGAACAAGGAGCUUUAUGUACGUGAACAGCAAGAUGCUUAUGAAUUCUUCACCAGCCUUAUAGAUCAAAUGGAUGAAUACCUUAAGAAAAUAGGAAGAGACCAGAUCUUUAAAAACACCUUUCAGGGCAUAUAUUCUGAUCAGAAAAUCUGUAAGGAUUGUCCUCACAGGUAUGAACGAGAGGAAGCCUUUAUGGCUCUCAAUUUAGGGGUCACUUCAUGUCAAAGUCUAGAAAUUUCACUGGAUCAGUUUGUAAGAGGAGAGAUUCUGGAAGGAAGUAAUGCAUACUACUGUGAGAAAUGCAAAGAAAAGAGAACUACUGUGAAACGGACCUGCAUUAAAGCUCUACCCAGUGUAUUGGUGAUACAUCUCAUGAGAUUUGGUUUUGAUUGGGAAAGUGGACGUUCCAUAAAAUACGAUGAACAGAUCAAGUUCCCUUGGAUGCUGAAUAUGGAACCCUAUACAGUCUCAGGAAUGGCUCGCCAAGAUUCUUCUUCAGAAGUUGGUGACAAUGGACGAAAUCUAGAUCAGGGAUGUAAAGGGUCUCCACAGAAGAAAGUGGCUCCUUCAGAAAACUAUGAACUGGUUGGCGUAAUUGUGCACAGCGGUCAAGCCCAUGCAGGCCACUACUAUUCUUUUAUAAAAGAUAGGAGGGGAAGUGGGAAAGGAAAAUGGUAUAAAUUUAAUGACACUGUUGUUGAAGAAUUUGAACUUAAUGAUGAAUCUUUGGAGUAUGAAUGUUUUGGAGGAGAGUAUAGACCAAAGGUUUAUGAUCAAUCAAACCCAUAUCCUGAUGUUCGCCGUCGCUACUGGAAUGCCUACAUGCUCUUCUAUCAACGAGUCUCUGAACAGAACUCCCCUGUUUUGCCAAAGAAAAGUCGAGUCAGUGUUGUGCGUCAAGAAGCUGAGGAUCUCACCUUGUCUGCUCCAUCUUCUCCAGAUAUUUCACCACAAUCAUCUCCACGGCCCCACAGACCUAGCAGUGACCGUCUGUCCAUUUUGACUAAAUUGGUCAAAAAAGGAGAGAAAAAAGGCUUAUUUGUUGAGAAGAUGCCAGUUCGAAUAUAUCAGAUGGUGAGAGAUGAAAACCUGAAAUUUAUGAAGAACAGGGAUGUCUACUGCAGUGACUAUUUUAGUUUUGUUCUGUCAUUAGCGUCAUUAAAUGCUACAAAGUUGAAGCAUACGCAUUACCCAUCUAUGGCAAGAGUGAGUUUACAACUAGCAGUCCAAUUUCUCUUCCAAACUUAUCUGCGAACAAAGAAAAAACUCAGGACUGAUACAGAAGAAUGGAUUGCAACCAUUGAUGCUUUAGUUUCUAAAAGUUUUGAUGCUUGUCAGUGGUUAAUUCAAUAUUUAGUUGAAGCUGAAGGGCGAGAGCUUAUUAAAACAUUUUUGCUGGAAUGCAGCGUAAGAGAAGUGAGAGUUGCUGUAGCCACAAUUCUUGAAAAAACCUUAGACAGUGCCUUGUUUCAUCAAGAAAAGCUAAAAAGCUUGCAUCAGCUAAUAGAAGUGUUGCUGAGUCUAUUGGACAAAGAUGUCCCUGAGAACUGUAAAAAUUGUGCCCAGUACUUCUUCUUGUUCAACAAUUUUGUACAAAAGCAGGGUAUAAGAGCCUGUGACCUCCUCCUCAGGCAUAGUGCCUUGAGUCAUAUGAUUAAUUUCCUUCUUGGUCCCAACCGGCAGAAUAACCAGAAUCGCAGAUGGAGUUCCGCACAAGCCCGGGAAUUUGGCUUUCUCCAUAAUACUGUGGCAUUGCUUGUCUUGAAUUCAGAUGUCUCCUCACAGAGGAAUGUAGCUCCUGGUUUGUUUGCCCUGCAUUCACCCCUUAGCAUUACUACUUCAGGGCCACUUUUGGCCCUUCACGAAGAAGUAGAAGCUUGGAUAUUCUUAUCUGAGGGGAAGCCUUAUUUAAUGGAGGUGAUGCAUGCUUUAAGGGAGCUGACUGGAUCACUCUCGAUCCUUAUUGAGAUGGUGGUCUACUGCUGCUUUUGCAAUGAGCACUUUUCCCUUACCAUGUUGCAUUUCAUCAAGAAUCAACUGGAGAUCGCUCCACCUCAUGAGCUGAAGAAUAUUUUCCAUCUCUUACAUGAAUUAUUGAUUAUUGAAGAUCCUUUACAAAUAGAGCGGGUCAAAUUUGCAUUUGAGACUGAAAAUGGAUUGCUGGCUCUGAUGCAUCACAGUAACCACAUGGACAGUAGCCGUUGCUAUCAGUGUGUCAAAUUCUUAGUCACACUUGCUCAAAAAUGCUCUGCUGCUAAAGAUUAUUUUAAGGAGAAUUCUCAUCAUUGGAGUUGGGCUGUUCAGUGGCUUCAAAUAAAGAUGUCUGAGCACUACUGGGCUCCACAAAGUAAUAUAUCCAAUGAAACCUCAACUGCCAAAACCUUUCAACGCACUAUUUCUGCACAGGACACACUAGCAUAUGCCACAGCCUUGCUGAAUGAAAAAGAUCAAUCAGGAAGCAGUAAUGGAUCUGAGACCAGUCCAGCCAAUGAGAAUGGAGGCAGACAUCUACAACAAGCCCUAUUGCCUUCAGUGGCAGGCCAGCGCUAAAGGAAAUGGUGAACAUGGGCAAUAUUCAAACAUUAUGUAGCAGGGCUCAGUAUCUCCCAUGAUGAUUGGCGAACCUAAAAGUGACCUUGAAGAUGUGGAUACUUAAUUGAUGGCUGCAAGCUGAAGGAGAAAAAGCUCCUCUGAAGUGGGGAAUACCCAGCACUUUCGUGAUAUGCCUGGAAUCCUUUUGUUUUCACUUUUAGAGGAAUCUGAAGUAAAUGCUUUCAAAAGAUCGGUAGGUACUUUGUAAUGAGUUAAAAGUAUUCUUCAGUUGAGAAGUUUCAUCAUUAGGCUAUGAAAGUCUCCUGGCAUCUGCUAUGGUUCUUAUAGAUACUAGCUUAGGCAUGAGUAAAGUAAAACAAAACAAAACCCUGUCAAGAUUCCACCCAUUUAAGAACAGUUAUCAAGUAAUUGAAACUUUUAUGUGAACAUUUAAUGAGUGAAUGUAAAACUUUUGCUUUUCUGUGAUGCUGCAAAACAAAAGAAAAAAAGAAAAAAAAAAGACUUGGGUUUUAUACAGAAGAAAAAAUCAGAUUGCCUUUACAUAUAAAUGGCAAAUUUUUAAUCUUUUUUUUUUUAAAUAUUGAAUAGGAAUAUUCAAAAUUAUGUAAAAAAAUGUGUGAUUUACACUUGGCAUUGUAAAAUAUUAGUUAAGAAUACAUUUACACAAGGACUUUUGUAUUUAAUAUGUCUCUAGGUAAUUUGUAUAGUGCUUUACAUAAAGGGUUCUUUUUAAGAGAGCCCUUUUAUGUAAGGAUGAUUAUUCCUUAUGGAAUGGUUUUGGUACAAGUUAGUCUGGAAUCGGUAACCUUUUUUCCUGAUGCUGUGUGCUUAAAGGGUAAGAGCAAUAAAACAGCUUUGUUUAUUCCAAGAAUACAAUUAUGGCAUCAGUAGAACUUUUUAGAAAAUGAAGAGUAAGUUUAACAAAAAAAGCACUUUAAGACAGAAUUUUAUUGCUGUUUGCCUCUUUAAAUCAUCCUUCUACUACUUGGAGACAUAUUGAAUAAACCAUUGUGUUAAUAAUGUGAUCUGCAAUCAUUUGCUUAUACUUUUAAAUUGAAAAUUAGAAAUUGGCUUUACGUGAUUGAGUAAAGUAGGGACAUUUCAAUU